AUGGCAACGAAGAGCGUGACGAGAUUGCUCCCCAAAGCUAAUAGACCGGCCCUGUUGCUCCCGCAGGCACCACGAGCUCACCGCCUACUGUCUACCAGUCCAGUUCAGAAUCAGGUGAAAACACUGCUUCAGGACAAAGAGAAUGGAUUUGGUUUCAUCCGGCACAACCCCCGCACGCCCAAGCCUCGCAACAAAGGCGUGACUGAGAUACGGGGCCCAUACUACUCGUCGUAUGGAAAGCGUCAUCUGCAGGAUGUGCUGGAAACUAUGGGAUACCAUGUUGAUGGACUCAAAUUCGCCGGAGGGAGCUUCUCGAUGAUGCCCGAGGAGAGAGUGAGAGAGCUGAUUGAUCUCGCCCACGAACAUGACGUGUAUGUCAGCACAGGCGGGUGGAUGGAACACAUCUUGACCCAGCCCGAUUCCAACACCACGGUAGAGAAGUACCUGCGGAAAUGCAAGGACCUGGGAUUCGACGUGAUUGAGAUCUCUUCGGGGUUCCUGUCCUUCCCGCCUGACGACUGGCUACGGCUGGUUGACAAGGUGCACAGCAUGGGCAUGGAGGCAAAACCUGAAUUAGGCAUCCAAUUUGGGGCAGGUGGUGACACGGCAGCGGAAGAUCUGGAAGCCACGGGCACAUCCGACCCCAGCAAAGUGAUCAAUCUAGGCAAGAAGUUCAUCGAAGCGGGCGUCGAGAGGAUGAUGAUUGAGAGCGAGGGCAUCACCGAGAACGUGAGGAGCUGGCGGACGGACGUGAUCCAGGCAAUCUUGCGCGACCUGCCUCAGGAAAAGGUCAUGUUUGAGGCCGCAGAUCCUCCGGUCUUCAACUGGUAUGUCCGCGAAUUCGGCAUUGAUGUCAACCUGUUUGUGGACCAUUCGCAGAUUGUGCAGUUGACCUGUCUGCGAUCGGGCAUCUGGGGCAUGGCCGACACGUUUGGUAAGAUUGUGAGCUACAGGGAAUGA